AUGUCAAUCUUAUUACAGGGAUUAAUUUUCGUAGUUGACAGUAAUGAUAGAGAGCGUAUUGGAGAAGCACGUGAAGAGUUAAUGCGAAUGUUAGCGGAAGAUGAAUUAAGAGACGCCGUUCUUUUAAUAUUCGCUAACAAACAAGAUUUGCCAAAUGCGAUGAACGCCGCCGAAAUAACAGACAAAUUGGGGCUGCACUCGUUACGCAACCGUAACUGGUAUAUCCAGGCAACGUGUGCCACAAGCGGAGACGGUUUGUACGAGGGUCUUGACUGGCUAUCCAAUCAACUGAAAAACGCAAACCGCUAA